CAGUCUCUGCUUCUAUUAGGUCAUUGAACUGUGGCUCUCCAAACAGAUUUUGUGGGUCCCAUAUGGCCUUGCGUGGAGCUAAUUCUAGAAUUGGUUAUUUUUUUCUGUGGGAAGGACUCCUUGGAGAAGAUUUUGCUUUAUUUAGUUUCUAUUUUUGUUUUAAAGAGAUAUAGGCUAGAUUGUAUUGGAUAGCUAAGAAUUAUUAGUUUCUAUUUUUCUGUACUAUUCCCCUAGUUACUUAUGUGGGACUUCUUUAGUUUCUUUAUUUAUUCGUCAUUACAGCACAUUAUAAGUUGUAACGAACCAGAGGUCCCCACAAUUUGGGAAAUUAAUGAAGUUUGGUUUAAAGCCAUGUUGCUAUGUGUGACCGCAUUAGGAGAGAUUCCUUGAGGUCUGUGUCAAGGCCAUUUGUGAGAGUCCUUGUUCGUAACACCCCCAUCUUUGCCUUCUUCCCUUCGACUCCCUUUCUGUUUAUUUUGGUGUCCUACGGUAACCAAGUGUUCCAAGGGUGUCAACACUCUGUUCUCCCACUGAAGACGGGGCUAUCAAGUUCCAUUGGAGGCUAGCCUUUGAAAGUGCAUCCUCUACCCUGCAGUCCUUGAAAAUAAAUUAUAUUUUAUUUUUAUAAAUGUAUACCUUUUGUUCGCGAUUAGGGGGAAAAUUGAAUAAACGGUGAUGUGCUACUUGAAGAGUGGUUGGGGGCUCUCUAUAUACCUGGGGGCUUGCCAAAAUUUUCUUCAUAAGAGAAUACAUCGGGACCAGAUUUCAAAAAUUGUCAUAGAUUUUUCAAGUACCAGGUUCCUUCACCAAUUUGCAACUUGUUAUAGAUGCCUACUCUCGAUUGGGAAGUUUUACCCAACAAAGAAAUCUAGCUACUAAUUUGAAUCUCACUUUAUAAUUUUGAAGACCAUUCAUAUAUCUGACCAUCAGAUCUAAUUGCAAUUUGGGAGUGUUAUUCUUUCCCAAGUUCCCUACCCUCGACUGAGAAGAUCUGGCUCAUCUGUGUUGUCUACUGUCUAUUUUUAGGUCCAGCUUAUCUACUGCGUUCUGAGGCUAUCCAAGUCUAUCACUAAAUAGAAUACCCUGCUGUUGUGUUCCUUGUGACUGUAUAUAAUCCUAUAAGAGUUCUUGACCUUUUUAAAAGGAUGCUGGAUGAUGUAGAUUUUCCUUACUGAUAAAGAUUUUGCAAAUUUGUAGGACUGUGAACUGCUUUACCUUUCAGAUAGAAAAGAGAAACUCAUUGUAGAGGACAUUGCAGUACCCCCUAUAGCUAUUCGUCCUUCUGUUUUUAUGGAUGCUGGGUUGACAAGGUUGUGUUCUCUUGACUUCAUGCAUUAGUUCACUUUAUGAUCCUUUAGUGAAAGAUUUCCUCUUUAUUGAUAGCACUCUUAGCGAUAAGAGUGCAUGAUUAAGAUUAUGUUUUCCUUUCUUGCAGCAAUGAAGAUGAUAUUACAAUGAAAUUAGGUAUGUUUAAUAAAGAAAAUGCUUCUCUGGGACAGAGUUUACAGGGCGUAGGUACAGGUCUACCAUUCAAAUGUUUGGUAUUAUAAAAGUGCCUUUAAUUUAACCGUGAGAUUUUUUUUUUUUGGGUUAACACGGAAUAUGACUUUAAAUUGAGUCCAAGGGCAAAGCAUGAUUUGUGUAAUCGAUCACAUUUAGUUGGGACGAGGCUUAUUUAAGGAAUGGAGGUUCAAUUUUUCUGCUUAAUAAUUUUAUUAGAACUCAAUUCAUCCCCUUUGUAAUGAUUGUAAUUGAUUUACGUUCUGACAAAUAUUUCUAAUAAAAUAGAAUCAUUUCUCUUCUUUCCUCUUCCACUGUAGCAAGAUCAGAAGCGAACGGGCUGUAGCUUAGAGAUUAUUCUGGGGAUGAUCCCUCUUUCUUUGAUUCGACGGAUGAAAGAGCGCAUGAUUCAGAUGUUGCUUCUUUGGACGCGAAAGGACCGGGAUCUCUUAUUUCGGGAGAAAGCGGAGCCGUUGGUUUGUUUCAAAGCCAAUGCAUGGUUUUGUUCAAUGUCUCAAGAGGAAGCAGGGACGUUUCCGCAGGAACCUAUCUGGGAAGCAUGUUGAAUAUACAGGCAGAACUGUUGUUUCUCCUAAUCCAACCUUAAGAUUACAGAGGUGGCAAUACCAGGUUCUAACUUAUCUUGAACAAGUUUCCCAUAACAAUAUUGAGAAGUUGAGACAACGUGUUCACGAUGGGCCUCAUAAGUAAUAUCUUGAUAAUACCAUGAUGCUAGAUACUAUUCUUUUGAAUCAUUUCCUCUCAUUGGUAGCUCAGUUUUCAUGUUAGAAUAGUGGGAUUAGUUGAAUUAUUCUUCAUGCAUUUGAGGUUUUCUGCCAGAAAACUUGCUGUUGAUUAACUUAAACAUGGUUAUAUAGUGGAAUGCCAUUUGGAAGAUGGGGACAUUGCUCUUUUUAAUCGACAACAAAGCUUACAUCGAAUGUCUAUCAUGUCUCAUAAGUGACUCUGAUGGUGAUGAAAUGAAUAUGCACAUUCCUCAAACAGAGGAGGCUCACACAGAGGCUCUUAUAUUGAUGGGGAAGAAGUUAUAUGUGAGGAUGAUAAAGAAUGGCAUUCAUAUGAAGAAGCACUGGUUGCAAUUACAAUUGAGGAGUCUUUUGAAGCGCUUGAAGGAUUUGGUGAUUUUACUCUUUGCCUCUUCAUGGGGAAGGUUCAUGUCUGAUAUAGAAGCUGCUUGUCAGUUGAUCAUGGAUGAUUGCCCAAAGAAUUUGUCGUUAAUUGAACUCAAUAAUCAUACUCGAAUUGAAGCAUCUUCCAAUGGGAAAAUUUGUCAUAUUUUCAGAGCUCAUGUAGAUGAAUUGCGGAUGGCUGUAGAAGUAGUUAAAUGUGAGGAUGAUAAAGAACGGCAUUCAUAUGAAGAAGCACUGGUUGCAAUUACAGUUGAGGAGUCUUUUGAAGCAUAUCUUACAUUAGUGACGCUUAUCCAUGGUGGGCAAGCCUUCAUUUGGUAAUCUCUAAUCUCUACAACCCACAGUACAGUUCCAAACUUUCUCUUUGGGCUCCAUUAUUUUUUUUUCUAUAGUUUGUAUUUAAGCCCUUACCAGCUUCCCCAACGUCUAUUCUGCCUUUUUUAUUUUACUGGUUUCCUUACUCGAUACUUGUUGCAGAGAUUCUUCUGGAGCAGCUGAAGGAUGCACUUACAGAAUACAAACUCGUUUCUUCACAUGUCGCUCCGGUUUCAAGUAAAAAAUUGGUUACAUAUUCUUCAGAAUUCCUCGGAAGUGGCAGUCAUCGGUUCUUUGCUUGAAUAGGAUCAUCUCUACAAGUUUUUCCUUUGUGGAGUGUUUCUUCUCAAAUUAUUUUCAUGGACUGUUAAUAUAAUGUAAGCCUAAAUAUCUCCUUAGAUUUAACUUUUUUUUUUUUUGUCUGCAUCAUUUUGUCCGCAGUGGUGGAGCUUCUCCAGUGUUGAGGAAGGUGGAGCAUUAGUCGGAUCAUAAAGCUACAACAUUGUAUGUUCUGGGCUCUGGUCUUGCCAUCAUUCUCACAUUUCCUGCAUUAUAUGAGAGCCAUGAAGAUCAUUGACAGAUAUACUGAUAGGGUACAGGGAAUUGCGGAGAUUGUUUGUAAAAUUAGACAAUGAGAUCCUAGCAAGAUCAGACGAAGUAUUUAUAAGGGGAAGCUAAGUUGAUCAACGUUUCCCUGAAAGUCGAUGUGAUAGAUGAUAGAUUAGAUCAAUAUGAUGCUUUUGAGUGUGUGCA